UUCUGUGUUUUUAUUAAUUUGUGUGUAUUAUAAAUUUCUGUUUUGCAUAUAAUUUCAUUAAAAUAAUUAAGAAUAAAUUCAUUAUCUGUAAUUAUCUCGACAUUACUAAUAUUAUGAACUAUAAUCAACGUGAGUAUAAAACUUGUCACUUCUGCUUUACUUGGAGAAAUCCAAUGUUCAAUAUUAACGUAAAAUUCAUCAAUUAAUUUAUGAUCUUUAUCAUAAAAAUGUAAACCAGCUAUACCAUCAAUAUUUUCUGUCCCAUUAUUUAUAACAGAACCAUCUAUACAUACAAAAAUUCAUUCUCCAAAUUGUUGGAUUAAUUUGUAGUUAAUAACAUUUAACUUUUCGAUCGUUAAGUUCUUAUUAAAUUUUUCUUUUUUAAUAUAUUUUUCUAUACAAUUCUGCAUUGAUUUUUGCAUAUUGGAAUCAAAAAUAUUUAAUCUAAUAUCAUCUUGUUUAAAAAGCGUUGGUUGUAUAAUAAAUUUAUGUUUAUGCCAUAUAUUUGACUCAACAUGUAAUUGAAUAAUAUCUGGUACUAUAUAUGAAUCAGUUUCAUGUAUUAUCAUUGCAUGUGAAUGUAAAUAAUUUUCAAGAAAAUAAACAUCUUCUAUUCUCAAUUUAACUAAACAAUUACUUUGCUUAUGUAUUCUUUCGAGGGGACCAAGGGUGCUUGUUUCAUCCA